AUUGUAAAAAUCCGGAGAAAAUCCUGGAGAAAUUAGCUGAGCGCUCAGACCCUGUGAUUACCGAGUCUCCAAUGGAGCAUUUCUCUGUUGUUCUGGGGUCAGUCGUGACCCAGACUCUGGCCGAAUUUGAAAAUUAUGAAAAAAGAAUUCAGGCCUUGGAAAAGGAUUUAUUAGCCGAAAAAGCUAAAUGCCAAAGUAUCUGGGAAAGCAUGCUGGCGCAGACAAAGAGCCUGACCGCGGCACUGACUGCCCGGAUGAAAGAAAGGCUUGUAACGCCUGCAGACACCACCUCUUCGGUCUCCGUGUCUGAAUUUGAAUGGAGUGAUUCGCGGGAAUCGGGGAGAAAGGCAGAGAAUGCCCCGAGGGGCUCUUCGGGGAAGAGGAGUUCCCCGCAACCAGGCACAAAAGACUCUGCUAGAGACUCAGAGAAUUCUUCUGCACAUGCCUCUGCGCGGCAGAAAGCCUCAAAGCCACGCAGAAAGCGCAGGUCCCGACCGGACUUCCCCGUAGCUAGCGGAGAAGAGAGCUCCGGUGAGGAGGGCGCCGCGGUGCAGAGGCACGUGUUGCCUGUGAUUAGGACUGAGUCCGUGAAGGGCAGGAGAGGAGCUGCAGGGACCUCCGUGAUCAAAAAACAGUUCACAGACGCACAGCUCAGUGACUUACAAGUCAAAUACGCGAGAGAUCCUGGGGACUCAGUCGCUGACUAUGUGUAUCGAGUGUCCCGAGCCGGUGGGGACCGGGUCCUUCUAGACUCGCAGGAAGCUGCUGGAGACUGGGGGGACGAUGUGUUCCUGACACGUGAACCCGAAGGGACACACAGCCUCACCGCUCGGAUAGCCUACUGGGCAAGCAGUGUCCGUCCAGCCUACCGGGGGGAGCCGACGGAACUAAAGGUCACCAGCUCCUCUGAGCUCAUCACUGCUCUCCGCAGACUUGCCUGUGUCCAGGCUAUCUAUGAUAAGGGACAUUAUGAUUGCCCAUUUUAUGCCCCCGUGGACCCGGAGAGACUGCACCCUAUUAUGAAGGGUUUGCCAGCAACUCUGCAAAUCCAACUAAUGAAGAAUGUUGAGAAAAUUGAACGUGUGCUUGGAGAAAAUGCAGAGAACGAUGGGGCUAAAGAACACGUAAUGACUUGGGCUGAACUGUUAACUGACUUGAAUGCCCACGGGCUGCAGUUUGGGUUUGGGUCUCCUGAAGGAAAAGGGGCUGGGGAGAGACAGUCUCGUGCUUCUCCCCCAGAAAAUCCCAGGACUCUGCGCAGGCAGGUCCGGCCAGUGCAGGACUGCCCCCCCAGGGGGACGGGUCCUGCAGGCUUCUCCCCGAGGAAAAGGGGCAGAGACCCACAGAGUGACUGGAGACCCAGAGGAAAGAACAGUUGGUAUCUACAAGCCCUGACUUUAGGGGUACCAAAAACUGUUUUAAGGCAGCUGGCAGACUGGCAGCUGAAGGAUCUAGUGCGGUGCCUUCAGAAAUCGGCUGCAAAACCCAGAGGCAGCCGCGAGAAGCCCAGCGGUGGCUCCCAGAGCGGCUCGCCCAGAAGCGGCAGCCCCCCCGCUGGGAACUGCAGCUCGUCCCCAGACAGAAAGGUUAACCCUUUCUCGUCUCCCACACGGGAGGCAAAACACUGAAUUAGUGUAAUGGUGGCUCGGCAGCUUUUAAUGGUCAGCAGUCACGGGGAGAGCUACAGAAGCCCCCAGAAUAAAGACCUGCUGCCUAGGCCGAGGCAGGUUUUGUCUCCUUACAGGUUAAGGCCGAGGCAGAGGACCAGUUCCUGACCACCUGACCAGCACCUGGGAAAAGGAGAACCAGCUACACGAGAGAUGGAGUCAUAUCACCGGGGUGGCCAGUGGAUGAUGGCAUCCGGACCCACGGACUGUGACCUCCAGCCAUGGACUCAGAGCAUCUAAGGCUCUGCCAUGAACUUGGUUGCUCUACCAGGAACAGAGCAAUCUUCAAAUUGACUGUGUAGCUUUAUUAAUACUGUUUGGGCUAUUGUUAAGCCAUGUUAAGUAUUGUUAAAUAUUGUUGGGGCGAUUAAUGUAUUACAUAUUGUUAAUGUUGGAAAAGGCUAAGCCAUAUAUAUAUAUUAAUAGGUUCCUAAAUUGAAGGGGGAUCACCUCUCACUCAAGUUCUAGACAAAGAUGCUCAUUACCACCGGGGUGGGAUGUCCUGGAGUCCUGUACCCCUAAAUUCCUCUCCUGCCCGGACUUCGGGGGGAAAGGGGAAAAGCCGCCUGGUUUCCCCCCCCCUUGCCUGCCCUGCAGCCGAGAAGGGGGCGGGGACUGCCCCGUGAGUUCCCGCGCUGGAGCCAGGCCGGGAUUGGCCGUGCGCUUUCGCGCCUAAAGUGUGGUAACUCUGCCCUUUGUCUAGCGAAGGGUAUAAAUAUUGGGGGUCUUCCCGCUUUUGGGGUUCCCGUUUUGGAUUUUGCCUGUGCCUGGACGAGUUCGCUCACUCUCCUGUGCCUGGACUGCAGAGAGACCAAAGGACUUGCCUUGGUGUUAGGCACACCUUUGUCUGCCUAACGACCCUUAACGACUCUUAACGACUCCUGUAGCCGCUGGAGGAGGAAGACCGACUGCACGAGCCAGCCUGAGUGAGUUAUUUGGCUUAGCUUAAUUUAGUAAGAAACCGCUAUUAAUUAAUAGCUAAAGCCUUUUCCAAAAACUGACUUCCAAAUAUAUAUAGUCAGAUUAUUAAUGGUAUCCUCGUAGAAUUCUCAUGCAACUUAACCUGUUUAUCAAACGAAAUUAAUCUUUGUAUAUAUAGUUGUGGGGGCGGGUUUUGUAAAAAUAAAAAAUAUCUAUUUUUGAUAAAUUUCCGACUCGGCCACGAAUUAUUAC